AUGGUGCAUUGGAUCAUAUCGGACUUGCCGUUAAUUUCAAUCGGAAUUUUCACAUGUAUUUAUGCAUUUGUUUUUUACUCGUUUGUUCCUUCAUCUCCUUGGAUGAUGGUUUCUGCUUUUGUUUUCAUUCUAAAUACAUCCCUCGUUAUGGCUAUAAUAACUGAGCACUACAAACAAAAGAUGAAAGUUUAUGACGAAAAAUUAGAAAAAAUGGUUAUUCCUGAAAUCAUAGAGAAUAGGCCUUUUAAGGAAACAAAUGCGAUGCAAAAAGACGAAAUAUUAGCAAUCAUAUUAAGAAAUGUGAACGCUAAAUUCGUAUCCACCAUGAAGAAACAAUAUACUUUUAAGAACAUAGAUCAGUUAGUGAAAUUCCAUGAUUCUAUUGUUGCAGGAUUUUCUAAGAGGUAUUUUGAAAAUUAUAAGGAUUUACCGCUCGAAGACAUUCAAGGCUGGGAUAGAAUGUUAUUAGUCGCUAAGAACAUUCAAGACGAAGAUUUGAAGGAUGUCUAUGCUGACAUGGUUUCACCAGAAAUAAUUCAGAAAUACAGCAAUAUCAGGCCCACUAUUCAAGAAAAUGGACUGGCCACGAACGAGAACUAUAAUUCUGUAUUUCAAAUGAAAGCAUUAUGA